AUGGUGGACCACCCACUGGACUGGGGUUCACAGGGUGGCCCACCAGAGGCUGCCACGGUGGACCACCCACUGGGGUCCAAAGUGUGGACAGACAGAGGCACACAGAUCCUCCCCACAUGUCAACAACAGGUGUGUUUCCACUCAGGUGACAUGGACGCAGAGGACGGAGGAAGUGACGUCAUGUCAGACAGGUGUUCACAGCCGGAUGUCCACCUCAGCGCCGGUGAGGACACUGAGGAUGACGAUGCAGGUCAGGGGACCUUUGAGGAUGAAGAACCAGCCCUUCCUCCUGACUUUGAGUGGUUAGAAGAACUGUCAGAAGAGGACGACGGUGAUGCCGGUGGUGACCUUGCAGUUGCGCCCGACAUUGGUGAGAAGAGGAGUUGUGCCGAGACAGCACGGAUGUUCAAGCUGAGACGAAACCUGGACCAGCUGGACUGCUUUCACCGACAGAAGGAGCACGACGUGCUGGAAGCCAGAGAAAAGCUGGAUCUCUGCCGUCAGAAUAUUAAGAGUCUGUUGAAGCAGAGGGAUCAUUUGGAGAGUGAGAUAGAGCAACAGAAAGCAGCCGACAACAGCAGCAGCGUGGCGGUGUUUCGACUCAGAGCCGAGCACAAGCGUCUGUGUGAGAAGCUGCAGAGUGAGGAGGAGCUGGAGGGCCACAUCAACACCGAGCUGAAGCAACAAGAGUUGGAGCUGAACGAGGUGGAGGUGGAGCUUGGCAGGUUCUCCUCGCUGCGGCAGGAGGUGCAGGAAGAGGAGCGGCUCUUCCACGUCCUUAAAGCACAGAAGGCCGCGGCGAGGCUGCAGCAGGAGAGAAACGUCCGCCAGAACCUGCACCUUAAGAUGCAGCAGCUCAGGGAUAAACAGGAAGCCAUGCUGAAGGAGGAGGAGACUGCAGGUCAGAGGAAAACCGAAGCGAGCCAAGCGAGCCGCAAGACAGCUGCCAAGUACUUGAAACAGACCAUUAAAAGGAUGCGUCAGGAAGAGGCUGAGAAGGAGCAGCAGAACAGGGAGCUGCUGGAAAAGAGGACGCAGGCCGUCGAGUCGCUGAAAUCGAACAUAGCAGCCACACAAGAGAGUUUACGGGUCCAACAGAGCAGAGCGAAAGCAAACGCCCGGAAAAAAGAACAACAACGACGACAACUAAGAGAAUCCCUGCAGGCCCAAGGCAUCAACAGCAUCAAGCAUAUGUACCAGCAGAAACAACUGGAGGAGAUAAAACAUCAACAAGAGGAAUUUGAGAAGAGCCACAAGUCAAAGAGGGUGGAGAUUGUAGAAAAACUCCAUCAGCAGGAGCAGCUGAUGAGGAGCAAGAGGAGUAAUAACCAGGCAGUGCUGGCCAAACCCUCCACACCUGACAAGUCUCUGAGGAGGGCCAAGGAGAGGCUCCGGUAUUACCUGGAUCCCACCCCCACCUCAGCCCCUGAGGAGAGAACCACAAUCUUACGACAGUUCAGCAGCAGCAGCAGCAGCUCGUCAUCAGCUGCCUCUGAUGCUGAGGACCUGGAGCAGGAAGUGGACCACCACAGCCUCGCUGACAGCCUCGCUGAGCCCGAAUUCUCCGGGCUCUGGGACCAGAACUACAAGAAACUCCUCAAUGCAACAUCUAGACAAGUACAAAGAGAAGUAAAGCAGGAGGAGCCUGACGUGACCGAUGAGAAGCUCAACACAGCUCCUAAAAAAGUUCAUGGACGAGAGAUGAAGGGUCGUUCCUUCAUCAGUAAACCAGAGGUCGUCCUCUUCCAGGACUUUGAAGUAGGAAAAACGUACAAGAAGAAAGUCGUCCUGACUAACGUCAGCUACACCAUAAACUACUGCAAGCUUCUGAAGGUCUCCGCUCAGCUGAAGGACUUCAUCUCCAUCAACUUCCAGCCUCCCAGUUCCUUGUCUACCGGGAUGUCCUGUGACAUGCAGGUUGUUUUCCAGCCAGUGCCGAAGGUUGACAGCCAGUUCGUUGACUUCGGUUCGCAUGUCGUGGGCCAGACUAUUUCACGGACUAUCACCUUGACCAACAAGGGUGCGCUGGCCGCCCUCUUCAUCCUGGACACGUCCACAUGUCUCAGUCCAGAAACUAGAGAUGUCCAGAUGCCCUCCCAGGUCUCUGCCAACACAUGCCAGGAGACGUGCAGUCAGAACACAGCAUCCAACAGCCAGAAGAGUUCUGCAGAAACCAAACCACAGCAACAGAGUGAGGAGCUCUCUGAGACACUACAGCAGGAACCACCAGCAUCAGAGGCGUCAGUGUCGUGUCCAGAAGCAGCUCCAGAGGCGUACCUGUCCUCAGGUGUGGACACCCAGACAGACCACACCCCCUCAGAGUCCAGUGACAUAAGACUGGGAAAUGUGAGGGAGGGAGAGAUCGGACCAUUUGAAAGCAUCAAACUGGAGGUCGUCUUCACACCGACCAUCCCAGGAGAGAACAAACUGGACUUCCACAUCACAUUCUCUGACGUAACCACCAAACCAAUACCUGUCCAGGUGAGGGGUGUAGCAGUCAGCGUUCCUGUGUGGGUGGUUCAGCCCAACAUCGACCUGAAGAUCUGCAUGUUUGACCGUCUUUUUCAAGACACCAUCAUGGUCCAAAGCAGAGCCAGCACAGCUUUGAAGCUGACCUUUGAAGUUUGCCCAGAAAUGAGGAAACACAUGGAGAUCCUACCGAAGACCGGCUUCAUUCAGGCUCAGUCGCACUUUAAUGCCCAACUGAAGUUCAUGCCGAGACAGUCCCUGUCCAAAGAUGCCAAGAAGUUUUUUGAUAGCGACACAGGAGUUCUGGAGGUGCCGGUGACGGUGCAGGUGGCAGGCCAGGUGCAGCCAGCCCAGUGCACAGUCCAGGCAGUUGUGACCUCCUCAGACCUACAGUUUGACCAGACCGAGGUGGACUUCGGCUUCUGUUCCAUUUACCAGUCGGUCAAGAGCAGCGUUCGCCUCUCCAAUACGUCCCUCUUACCUCAAGACUUUGGCUUCGUGGGUCUUCCAGAGUUUAUUGAGGUCCAGCCCAACGACGGCUUUGGUACUUUGCUUCCACAAGAAACCCUGGAGCUCCAUCUGAUUUUCAGCCCUAAAACCGCCAAAGAAUACCGUUUCCAACUCGGCUGCAAGUCUGGAAUCAACAGAGAUUUUCUGCUGCCUUGCCGAGCGGUGGGCCUCCACCCGCCACUGGAGCUCUCCCAUUCCCUAGUCCAGUUUGGGGCCACAGCAGUAGGAGACCGCUCCACUGCCACAGUUUACCUCAUCCACCGUCACACUGAGUCCAAACCACCGGUGGUCAAGGACAGCGUGGCUCCUGUGGUACCCAGACUGUUUUCCUUUGUCCUGCCAGAGGACUCAGACAUCAGCAUCACUCCUCUUGCAGGACGCCUUCUCCCCGGAGAGAGAUGUCGGGUCCAGGUGACGUUCAGCCCCAGACUGUUGGACCAGGAGAUCAAAGAAGAGGCGCUGCGUCGCCUUCACCGGGCCAAGCUGCUCCGUGAGCAGGAGCUGGAGACAAACCAGCAUGCUGAGGCUCAAAAAGAGAUGCCAGUGGAAGCCACUAAAGGAAAAAAGGCAUCCAUGACUCCCAAGAACAGCAAGGUGUCGGAUGACCCACAGACAGACAGACAGCCUGAAUCACCAGAUCCUGCAGACAUACAGCCGGGGUCUUCGCAGUACGAGGAGGCCAAGGCCUCCCUGUUGUACUCUUUCAGCCGACGCUACAGAGAGUACACCGUCCCCUGCUUCGUGUCAGAUGGAGACACUCCAGAGAAAGACAGCCAAGUCCAGGCAGCAUGGAGUCCCCUCAACACGCUCUACAUGAAGCUCCAGUGUGCUGCUGUCCAGCCCCCUCUAGUGGUGACUUCCAACAACGGACACCGUGCCGUAGACUUCCACCAGGUGGCCGUGGGAGAGAAAGUCAUCAAAAGGUUUACAGUCCAGAACAUUUCAACGGAGUCACUGGACCUGAGGUCGUCGGUACUGGACGUACAUGGUCCUUUUUCCCUUCUCAGUGCUCUCAGAUGCAUAAGACCUGGAGAAAAACACACUCUGACGCUGGCCUUCAGUCCCACCGUGGACACAAAGUUCUGUGAGAUGCUGGAGGUGCAAAGCCAGAAGAUGAGGUUGGGAAUGACUCUGCGUGGGGAAGGCGUGGUCCCUGCUGUCACCUCGUCCCACACCGGAGGUCUCCUCGACUUUGAUUAUGUGUUGGAGAAGGAGACGGCCUCACAGGUGGUGAAGUUACAGAACAGCUCGGCUCUAGCGGUGGGUUUCAGGGCGCUGCUGGCCAGUCUCUCUCCGUCCAGGCUUUGUGGUGGGGCGGACAGGGUGGUCCUCCUGUUGGACAGAUACGCAGACCCUCAGGACCAGCCUGCUGUGGGCAGCCAGAACCACGGCGGGCUGAGUGUGUUCAGUGUGGCGCCAGUAGAGGGCAGCAUUGGUCCGGGACAGAGCCAGGACGUUGUUGUCACCUUCCAGCCGGACCACCCGUCUGUCAACUAUUCUGAUAGACUCACUGUAGAGCUCCUGAAUAAGACUACAGUGUGUGUGCUGGAUCUGAAGGGUGCAGCCUCUUCACAUGACAUGUAUGUAUGUGGAGGAGACCUGCUGACGGCGCCUGUCGAGUCCCUCCUCCCUUCGCUGAUAACCGAUCAGCCUCCGCUCACAGAGUCAGAGGUGGUGGAGAAGUCCGGCGUUCCUUUGCUGGUGACCCUGCGGGCCGCCUACAGCACAGGCACCAUCACACCUGCAGUCAGGGAGCUGCAGGUGGGCUGCAUCCACUCCAGUCAGGCCAGUAAGAAGAGCGGUGAGUUUUGCUGGGACAACACGACGUCCCUGCAGCAGCACGGCUUCAGCGUGAAGCCCUGCAAAGGCAGCGUGGUAGCAGGCCACAAACGCACCAUCACCAUCACAUGGACGCCCCCCACUGGAUAUCAGCCCUACGAGGUGGUGCAGCUGUGUGUGCCUCUCACUGUAAAGGGCGACGAGACGGACGUUUACAGAGUCACCCUGAUGGCUUCGGUCUCCGUGAGUGCUGACUGACCUCCACGCUUCCUGGAUUGUGGCCAGCAGGACGUCUGCUCACACAUAAUACAGACAGAGGCGUGAUGUAGUGUGUACAGGCAGAGCCAGCGUUAACGAAUGUAUUCUGUAAUUAUUAAAUGUGUUGUCUGAGGAUCUGA